CUAAAAGAAUAUAUAUAAAGGGAUGAGAGCAAGAGAGUCAACAAAAUCACACCUUCCUUUGUUUUAUCUUUAGAGCCUCCUCUUGUUUUGUUAUUCUCCUCCUCCUUUUUGAGUUUUUUCCAAAGUCUUCAUUGCUCUGGUCAACAUCAGAAAACGUGUUUAGUGAUGGAUGAUCAGAGAAAUAAUGAUAAUCAUCAUCAUCAUCUAGGUGUUAACAAGAUUGGGAAAAACAUCCGUAAAGAUCCAUCAAACCAGCAAAAUCAACAACAGAAUCCUCAAGCUUUGUUUUAUAACAUCAACAAAACUGAUUUUAGAUCCAUUGUUCAACAGUUAACCGGACUCGGUUCAGCUCCUACAGUCAAUCCUCCACAGUCAACAAACCCACCAAAACCUCCAAAUUCAAGGUUGGUCAAAGUUAGACCGGCUCCUUUGAUUCAAGUCAACCACCCUCCACCUCCACCUCCACCUCCGGUUCAAUCAGAUCCAAUAGCCACUGAAACGGUUCAGCGUAAUAACCAGUUAAACCCGGCAGAGUCUCCAAUAUCUGCUUAUAUGCGUUACCUAAUCGAAUCAAGCCCUGUUGGAAACCGACCUCAGCUACAAAACCAAAAUCCGGUUCAGCCAUCAACCGGUUUGUUUCCUUCACAUCAAACCGGUCCUAGUCCAAUGUUAUUCCAGUCUCCAGCAUCACAGUUUGUUUUGUCGCCGCCCCCUAGAUCGCCGUUUCCGUUAUUAUCACCCAAUUUCUUCGCGUUUUCACCGCGGUUUAUAGGCGGUAACGAAUCGCUACCACCGCCGUCACCAGGCUUUUUCUUCCCGUUGCUCAGUCCAUUAUGGAAAAAUCAAUAGCUUCAUAGUUAGUGUAUUGAUUAUCUUUUAAUUAAAAUAGUGCAACUUGUAAGCACUAUCUAACAUGUAAGAUGAAGACAAUUGUUGCUCAUUUCGUUUAUGUAUUAGCGUGUAUAAAGAUGUCUUUAGUAGAAUCUUGAAUUUUUUUUUA